AUGGCGGAGCAAAGGCAAGAUAUGUACAUAGAAGGCGAGCUCGCGGGAGAUCAUUACAUGGAGGACCCGGAGCUUGAAGCCAUCAAGGCACGGGUGCAAGAGAUGGAGGAGGAGGAGCGGCUGAGAGCAGUGCAGUAUGAGGCAACAGAGAGACAGAUCCAGUGUUCUCUUCUGUUCAAAACAGCAGGAAUGUUCUAUACAAUGACCCAUGAGGAAAGGAUAGAUGCUGACAACAGAUCUGUCUAUGUGGGGAAUGUGGAGUAUGGUGCCACUGCAGAUGAGUUGGAGAUCCAUUUCAAUGGCUGUGGUCCUGUCAACAGAGUAACCAUCCUUUGUGACAAAUUCUCUGGCCAUCCCAAGGGUUUUGCAUAUAUUGAGUUCCAUGACAGGGACUCAGUGCAGACUGCCAUGAGCCUGGAUGAGACGGUAUUCAGAGACAGAGUCAUAAAGGUAUUGCCUAAAAGGACCAACAUGCCAGGAAUCAGCACCACAGACCGGGGGAUUCACAGAGGUGCUCGAUCCAGGGGACGAGGUUUCCACCCACCCAGAUACAAUGGGUAUCAACAAGGCAGGUUCCGCUACAAUACUGGCCCUGCCAGGUCAGUCUCACCACACCCCUACGGGCCCCCAGCUGGGAAGAGACACUGGGGGGUUCCUGAGCACCGUGAGCAGGGCCCUAAACGACACCCAUGCCUUCUCCUCAUAACCCCACCGACUGACCACUCGGGGCCAGGGCACAGUGGACACAUGCACCCGCAGCAACACUACUGAAUCACGUCUGGAUUCAAGUGAUUGUUUGAUAUCAACAUGGAAUGAGAAUUUCAGGAAAUCGUGACUUGCUCGUCUCUACUCGACUCAUUUGCAAAUUAUUUUCAAUGCAUGUUAAUGGGCAGAAAUCGAGAGAAAAGCAGAUUUCAACCUCAUUGAAUUAAUUCAUAUGGCAACUUUUGUUAACAGCCUCUAUAAAAAGUUAUUGCAACUUAAUCCUAACAAGACAGACUUUGCAAUGGCCAUUUUGUCCUCUUAUUGUAGGGGAAAUGGAUGAGGCCAGCCUUGUUUUGCUGCUUAAUACAGUUAAAGAUUGUGCCUAUGGUGUUAUUUUAUUUAUUGAGCAGUUUCUGUGCCAUUAUUUACCCCAAUAACUUUUUGAAUGCACAGCCAUUUGCCAUGUCAGAUACUUUUUUUUUUUUAAGGAUGUUUUGAUCAGAUCACUCAUUUUGUUGGUGUGGCUAUCGAGCUUGUAAGUAUAGUUGUUGUAAAACACCAAACAAAUGAUAACAUUUGGGGUGUGAUUGGCUUUCUUUUGUAACUAUAUUGACAUGCAAUUGGCAGUUUGAGCGAUUGAGUUGUUGCUAUGUACUUGAAGCAAU